AUGUCUUCUGCACACAUAAUAAGGUUGUGCUAUUUAUUCUUCAUUGGAAAUUUGGCAAUCAUUAUCAAGGUUUUUCCGCUCUCAUUAGUUGUCUCUAUGGCAUUGAAUGGAGAUGCAUAUGGACCCAUGUUUUAUUUUCCCUCCAUUUUCCAUAUUCAAUUUGAAUUAAAAAAGUGUGGAAAAAUUCAAGCUAUAGUUAAGAAAUCACUCAAUAGGUUUAGGGAUCAUAUAGUUGAAGGUCAAGUUUAUAGAAUGGCAUACUUUACUGUUGUGUCAAAUCAUGGUAGUUAUAGAGCAACUUCUCAUGAAUUCAAAUUGGUUUUCCUUCACCGAACCACUGUUGUAGCUGUUGAUGAAGAUGUUAUCCCUAAGACUUAUUUCAACAUGUUGUGUUUAUUUGGAAUAGAUGUCAUUGGCCUUUUAACUUCAGUGGGAGAAGAGAAAGAAUAUGCAAAAGAGGGGGAAAUUGUGAAAAUGAUUGUGCUUGAAUUAAGUUCAAAAGAUCUUACAAUGCGAUGUGCAUUGUUUGGGGACUAUGUUAAUCAAGUAAAUCAUUUCCUUGCCUCUGGCUAUGUGGAGCAGCCUGUUGUAGUGAUUCAACUUGCUAAAGUCAAGUUCUUUAGGGGUCAAGUAGGCCUUCAAAAUAUGAUGUAUGCCACUCAAAUGUUAUUUAAUCCUGAUCUUCCUGAAGUUAUUGAAUUCAGUAUGGUUGAGCAAGGUGUCAAUGGUACCCAGCCACUGUUUAUUUCAAAUGAGGGUAAAGUUGUCUCCUUGGAAGAUGAUUUCAUGCGUUUAACUAGAAAAUGCACUAUUGAAGAGCUUCAAGAUAACAAUGAGGAGAGUUCUUUUAUCAUUUUUGGUACAAUCCAAGGUAUUGUUGAGGAUGGAGGUUGGUGGUAUUCUGCUUGUAUGUGUGGAAAGGGUAUCUAUCCUCAAAAUGGUGCAUACUACUAUGAUUUUUGUUUCAAGCACAUAACUAAUGUGACUCCAAGAUUUAAAAUUAAAAUAACAGUUGAAGAUCAUAGUGGGGAGGGUAUUUUCCUUCUCUUUGAUCGUGAGGCAUCUUAUUUGCUUAAGAAAUCAUGUGCUUAUUUGUUUACCGAAGUUCAAAGAGAUGCAAGUGGAUACUUAUCCUCCCUUAUUCCAAGGGCUCAUUGGAAAGAAGUUACUGCUGAAGGUUGA